AUGUUAGUUUAUGAUUCAUCAACUGGUCUACUUUUUCUGUAUAAUACAACUGAGGUGGAGCUGCAGCAGACACUCUUUAUCCGAAUCAAAUGUAAAAAGACGAUGUGCGACAGAACAUGUUCUCUUUGCUUGAUCCUUGCCAGGCUUAUUUCAGGAGGCCUCCUCUAAGAUGACGAAAAAAGCUCUUUCGCUUUUUUUUGUUUCAGCUUGAGAUAGUCACAAUGAAUGAAUUAUUUGAUUUUAGCAGUUGUCUUAUGAUUCUCAGUAUGUAUUGUGAAUAUUCGAUUUGAACAACAUAAGUACAUAAUCAGCUCUAUAGCUUAUGGUUCAAACUUGUGUUAGAAGAAGAGUUUGGUUGUCAUAGGAGUUAGCGAAAAUGACGAAGGUUGCCGAAAACUACGCUGGGUGCAAAGUUGUCAUCCGGCUGCUGCCACCCGAGCUGGAUGAGCCAAACUUUCGGAGUUCCAUCGCCCCCGAAUUUCCGCCGAGAAUGCGGUACUUUCGUUUCGUACAGGGGAAGAAAUCGAUGCAUUCUGUAGCCUAUGCGCAGUUUGACACGCGUGAGGUGGCAAAGAACUUUGUUACCGAUUACAAUGGACAUCAGUUCAUGAAUGAGCGCGGAGAAAAAUUCGCUGCGGUCGCAGCGACGGCCCCGAACCAGCGACCUGGGAACUAUCGUGCCCCAGUGAUGGAGGAAGCGGUUCGCGCAUUGCAAGCUCAGCUGCGCGGGGGAACGACCGGAGGAGGGAAGUACGGGGGCGGUGGCGGCGGCUACAAGGGCGGCCGCAGCGGCAAGGAUAAGUACAACAACAGUUCCUCAAAUAACGCGUCCGCAGCGGCAGGAGAUACUGCGACUGCAACGCUGCAGCCGAAUAAACCUGGCACCCGACAAACCACAAUCGCGGAGAACCUCAAGGUAGACGUUUCGGAGCCACCAGAGGUGGACGUGUCGGCCAAGCUGGCCUAUUUUCGCCACCGAUACGAGUGGGAGUACACGGAAAGCAGCUGUGCAAAAACCAUUGCAGCAGCCAAAGCUGCGGCUGCCGGCGAGAAUGUCGAUAGUUCGACUCUCAGUCGCGGCAUGAAGUAUUUGGAGGACCCCUCGCGCAAGCCAAACGCCCCGAACGAGGUGCGCCAGCUCAACGGGUACUAUCGGGACUACGACGAAAAAGCGCUACACAAGUUGUCGGCCUUCGCCUACUUCCGGCAAGUAGAGAAAGCGCUGGACAAUAACGAAGCAGUUCCGAAACCCCCCUCGAGCUUGCACUGCCGCACUUUGCUGGACGCAGAGCGCGAGGUGGAUUGCGACGAAAAGAACACGCCGUUGCUCCAGCAAAUCAGUAGCAGCACUCCUUGCCGCCGCCGUCGCCGCGGCGGCAAGGAGUACCGUGGCGGAGGUCUUGACCAGGUUCCAGAAGAAGAUGAAGACGACAACUACAGUUAAGACUUCCGGAAAUGUACCAUUUUGAGAAGCAUCUUGAACCUCCCGUGCAAGGGGGAAACGGGUCCAAGAUGACUUUCAAGAUGGAUUCUCGCAAGGUCUAAUAUAAGAAAGACGACGACCUGCAGUGGAAUCGUAGCGCGAUCACUAAACGCGGUGACGGUAAGCGUGAGCGAGGAGGUACAACUAAAAAUCCCAUGUAUCAUUUUUACAUUUUCCAUUAUUCACUAAGAAUCAACUAGUGUUUCGACAUCGACUAGAUCAUCUACUUCUGGAGUGAUUUCUUCAAUGAACCUACUUCUGUACUUAUAACAUCACAAGAGAAUGUGUCUUCAACACCAGCAGGUCGCGUUCGGGCAACGUGCGUGGUUUGCCGACGUCGCAAGCGCUGCACGUCUGUCGCUGGCAAGCUGUACUGCCGUCGUCAUGUUCCUGUGGAUGUCGCCGGUGGUCGAGAUAAGAAGUUUCUGAACAAGUCUGGAGAGGAAACCACACCAUCUUCGACCAAGUCUCGUCGCCGACCCCGUGGUGGCAGGAAAGAACGACGCAAGCGUGAACGACUUGCAGAAGUCGCUGGCGGUUACUCUUCCAGAAAGGACGAAGCGGUAGACAGUUACAACCCUGCGAGCGCAGCAGUUGUUAGUGGAUCUUCGUCUGGCGACCAACAUCAAAGUUACGACUACUCAAGCAACUUCCAACCCGAAAGUCGAACCGGCGGAGCCUCAUCCUCCGUUCCAAAGAUCAAGGUGCUGGAGAAAGAGAAAGGCACACCAGGUGGUGCAGCAGCAGGAUCAUCUACGGGGCCACUACCCACCUCCUCGAAGGCUGAUAUGCCCAGCGGAAGCAAAAGCAGCGGCGAUGGUGGAGCCGCUUCUAAGGACCAUUCGGCUGAAAAAAAGAAGUGUCCUGGCUGUGGUUACCGAGCAGUGUUGGACGAGGGAUACUGCAGUCAAUGCUGGACCUCGUGGCAGUGGAAAAAGGACAAGAAAAAAAAGCGCUAAACAAAGAAGCGCGCAAAGAGAGUCUUAUUUAAGUAGCCCCUCUUCGCAGAAGUUAUCAUGUCGUAUAUAAUGAUGCUGUAGUUUUGCUUCUCGUGGUCGUGCUACAACCAACCUCUAGAAGUACUACAACUACUCGAUCAUGAGACAUGAUUACGGGUGCAACUCGAACAUCCGUACACAAACACACUCCAUGUUCAUUCCGUACCCUUGUCACUUGGACUUGGUGGAUCCUCAGAGAAAUCGGCCAUCCAUCGCUCGAUAUUCGACCCACAGUGUACUAAUUUUUCAAAAAAUGGAAAUCACUAUGCCGUGGAUACCCUUUCACAUCGAGCAUAUUUGAAUAGGGUGUUUGUUAUGCUUCCUCUUGAUGACAACGCGACGCACUCAUCUUCGUAAGUUUCUUGUUCUCAAAAACGACCGACUAAGUCGGUGCCUGACA